AAGUGCCUUCUCUCCAACGGAGGGGUGACGGGCGGGGACAGACGCCUGCGGUGACGAUGGAGACGUUCUUCGCCGGAGAGAUCGCGACGGAGCUGGUGAAGGAGCUCCUGAAGGUUGUAAGGCGGACGUACCUAUGCCGGCCGGCGGCGGAGCAACUGAAGCGCUCGGUGGACGCCCUGCUCCCCAUCGUCCAGGAGAUCCGGCACUCCGGCGUCGAGCUCCCCCAGCACCGCCAGUCACAGCUAUCCGAGCUCGCCGACCAACUCCGCCUCGCCCUCGACCUCGCCCGCAAGGCGGCCGCGUCCCCUCGGUGGAACGUCUACCGCUCCAUGCAGCUUGCCCACCGAAUGGAGCGCCUCGAUCGCUGGAUUUCCCGGUGGGUCGAACGCCACAUGCCCGCCCACGUCCUCGCCGAUGUCCACCACCUUCGCGUCGACUACUCCGCCCGCCUCGAUCGCAUCGAGCGGACCCUCGACAUGACGGCCGCCUCCGCGGCGUUGGCGGCUGCGAGGGUUCCGGUGGCGGUGGGGAGCGUUCCGUUCUCGGGGUCCCCGCUGACGGAGAUGAUGGACGGGUUGGUGCCGGCGGCUGCGGCGGCUCCGGUCCCGGUGGCGGUGGGGACAGCCCCGUCGUCGGGAUUACCGGUGGCAGAGAUGAUGGAGGGGUUGGUGCUGAGGGGAGAAGGUGAGAAGCCAGUGGGAGUCGGAAUUAGGGUGGGAAAGGAGCGGGUGAAAGAGAUGCUAAUGGCGGGUGGUGAUAGGGCGGCGGUCGUUGGAAUCUCGGGGAUCGGUGGGAGUGGCAAGACAACGCUUGCCAAGGAGAUCUGCAGGGAUCCACAGAUUCGAAGUUACUUCAAUGAUAAAAUUUACUUCGAGACUGUAUCACAAUCUCCAAACUUGGAGAGUUUGAAGUUGAAGCUGUGGGAACAAAUCACUGGUAAUAUGGUUCUUGGUGCUUAUAAUCAAAUACCACAGUGGCAGAUGGAAUUGGGGCCAAGAGAUAAAGGACCAGUUCUUGUGGUAUUAGAUGAUGUGUGGGCUCUUGCCGUGCUUGAAGAACUUCUUUUCAGAAUUCCAGGGUACAAGAUUCUUGUGGUGUCACGGUUCAAGUUCCCUUCGGUUGUCAAGAACAAUUACGAGAUAGAAUUACUUGGAGAAGAGGAUGCUUUGUCUCUCUUUUGCCAUGCAGCUUUUGAGCAGCAAUCUAUACCAUUCACUGCUGACAAGAAGUUGGUAAAGCAGGUUGUUGAGGAGUGCAAAGGGCUUCCUCUGGCUCUGAAAGUUAUCGGUGCUUCUUUACGAGAUCAGCCUCCAAAAUUUUGGGCAAGAGCCAAAAACAGGCUUGCUCGAGGAGAGGCCAUAUGUGACUCCCAUGAGAAUAAAUUGCUCGAACAUAUGGCAUCAACCAUUGGAUUUCUAUCAGGCAAAGUUAGGGAGUGUUUCCUAGAUCUUGGCUCCUUUCCUGAAGACAAGAGGAUCCCUCUGGAUGUGCUAAUCAAUAUGUGGAUGGAGCUCCAUGAUCUUGAUGAAGAAGAUGCUUUUGCCAUUCUAGUGGAGCUUUCAAAUAAAAACCUAUUAACUCUGUUCAAAGAUGCACAGAACAGGGCUGGAGAUAUUUAUAGCAGUUAUAUGGAGUUUUUCGUUACUCAACAUGAUGUGUUGAGGGACCUGGCUCUUCAUGUGAACAAUUGUGAACCUUUAACUAGUCGAAGGAGAUUAAUUAUGCCAAGGAGGGAAAAUGAACUUCCAAGAGAAUGGGAGAGGAACAAGGAUGAGCCAUUUGAGGCACAGAUUGUUUCAAUUAAUUCAGGUGAAAUGAAAGAAUCGGACUGGUUCCAGAUGCAUUUCCCCAAGGCUGAGGUUCUCAUUUUGAAUUUUUCCGCUGAUCAGUACUCGUUGCCUCCCUUCCUCAGUACCAUGCCUAAGCUCAAGGUUCUGGUUUUGAUCAACCAUGGCACCUCAUGCACAUUGAUGCAGAAUCUCUCUGUUUUCACGACUUUAAAUAAUUUGAGGAGCCUCUGGCUUGAGAAAAUAGCUGUCCCUCCUUUGCCCAAAACCACAGUUCCCUUGCAAAACCUGCGAAAAGUCUCCCUUGUUUUGUGUGAAUUAAAUAAUAGCCUCAGAGGAUCCAAGGUGGAUCUCUCCAUGACACUUCCUCGUCUCUCUCAUCUAACAAUAGACCAUUGUAUUGACUUGACCAAGCUGCCAUCUAGCAUCUGCAAUAUCGGCUCACUCCAAUGUAUAAGCAUCUCCAACUGUCAUGAUUUGUCAGAGUUACCUGGUGAAUUCGGUAAGCUAAGUUCUUUAGAAAUUCUCAGAGUAUAUGCUUGCCCAUCAAUAAAGAGGCUUCCCCAGUCUAUUUGUCGGCUGAAGAGAUUGAAGUAUCUCGACAUUUCUCAGUCUUUUAAUCUCCGAGAACUCCCAGAAGAGCUUGGUCAUUUGACAAGCUUGGAGAAGAUUGAUAUGAGGGAGUGUUCACAAUUGAGGACUAUACCGAGAUCCUCCUCAUCCUUGAAAUCUCUGGGACAUGUGAUAUGUGAUGAAGAGGUUGCUUUGUUGUGGAAAGAGGCAGAAAGAUGUAUACCGGAUCUUCGCGUUCAGGUAGCCGAAGAAUGUUUCAACUUGGACUGGCUUGUAGAGUAGUGUUCCUUCAAGACCUUUUUGGCCUGUGUCCUGUGUACAUAACUGUAAUUUAACUUGCAUCAAUGGAUCCUUUUUGAGGAAAGCAAACCAAA